GAUCAAAUUUUCACUUUCCUAUCGUUUCAUUCCGACUCCUUCCGCUGUUCUAGGUGACGAUGCCCGAGAACCCAUUCCUCAGUCUCUUCCAAAAUCUCGAGAAGAUAUCCAACUCCAUCCAGACCCAUCUCUCUACCUUCAUCGCUCGUCCCGCUAACCCGUCGCGGGCCGAUAACAAUGCUCUCUUCUCCGUCUCCAGCUCGCCCAAACCGAGCGCGCCGAGCGCAAAUUUCCAAGCUUUCGGACCAGAAGAGGUGCUCAAGAAGGUACAAACUGCUGCACCUGUAACUAAAGAAGAGCUUGGAAGGGCCACCUGGACUUUUCUUCACACUCUAGCUGCUCAGUAUCCUGACAAACCAACAAGGCAACAGAAGAAAGACGUGAAAGAAUUGAUGGCUAUAUUGUCUCGAAUGUACCCUUGCCAGGAAUGUGCAGACCACUUUAAAGAAAUACUGAGGGCAAAUCCCGUAGAGGCUGCAUCUCAUACUGAGUUCUCCCAGUGGCUAUGCCAUGUGCAUAAUGUAGUCAACAGAAGCCUAGGCAAGUCAGUAUUCCCUUGCGAGCGAGUCGAUGCAAGGUGGGGCAAGCUUGAGUGCGAACUGCGUGCAUGUGAUCUGCAAGGAACUUCAACAAAGUUUUGGGACUAAGUUGUUAAGAGGGGUUGACCUUACCAUUUAUAGAGCAAAGGAUGUAGCAAAAGCAUGUCUGCUGUCAAAUUUUGUAUAUGUAUACUAGAAUGUGAUUAUACUCCUGUAUAGGAGAUUCUUAUUAUACUCUCCAUUCCAUUUCA